GCUCAGUCCGUUGAAGUAGUGGAGUCGUGCAGCUUGGGUUCGAGAGAGGUUUCGGGCAUCCCUGAUCACACUUAUGGCUUCCAAGGAGAACAUGCCGCCCAGCGCGCCAGAAAGCCCUCCGCCCAGCCCGCCAAGAAGUCUUUCUUGCAGCUUGCUAGGAAGCCUUCCACCCAGCCCGCCAAGAAGCCUUCCGCCGGGCGCCGUCUGCAAAAAGUUUACGACGGAAUGGGAACUCAAGGAUUUUGAGAUUGGGCGACCGCUGGGAAAGGGAAAGUUUGGUACCGUCUACCUGGCACGUGAGAAGUCCUCUAAAUUCAUCAUCGCACUCAAGGUGAUGUUCAAGUCUCAACUUCAGCGAAGUGAGAUGGAGAAUCAGCUUCGCAGGGAAAUCGAAAUCCAGUCGCACCUCAAGCAUCCGCACAUUUUGAAACUCUAUGGCUGGUUCCACGACAAGACCAGGAUCAUCCUGAUCCUUGAGUACGCACCCAAAGGACAGCUGUACAAGCAGCUAAUCAAAGCCAAGAGGUUUGACGACAAGAGGGCUGCCACUUACAUCUACCAGAUGUGCGUGGCCCUGAAGUACUGCCAUGCCAACAGGGUGAUCCACCGGGACAUCAAGCCAGAGAACCUACUGCUAGGCUUCAACGGGGAGCUCAAGAUGGCCGACUUCGGCUGGUCCGUGCACGCGCCGUCUUCCAGGCGGUCGACCAUCUGUGGCACCCUGGACUACCUGCCGCCCGAGAUGGUUGAUGUCAGUGUCAGUGUGUACGACGAAAAGGUGGACAUCUGGUCGGUUGGCGUACUCACCUACGAGUUCCUGGUAGGCAAGCCGCCCUUCGAGUGCAAGACGGCCAGGGAGACUCACCGCCGCAUCUGCGCUGCCGACAUCAAGUUUCCCGACUUCGUCUGCGAACCAGCGAGGGACCUCAUCACCAAGCUCCUGAAAAAAGUGCCUAAGGAGCGGGCAAGCUUGGAUGAAGUUAUGGCUCACCCAUGGGUCGUGGACAACGCUGACACGACUGUCGAAGCAUCAACCCUCUGAACGAAGUCUCGGUGUUGCGAGAGUUAAGUGAGCAAAGCAUGUUGCAGACUUUGCAACUCAUUUGUUUAACAUUGCAUCAGACAAUGAGAGGUUUUUUUUUCCCCUUCCAACUUUUUUAGUCCCCGCCCCCUUUUUUUUUUGUGUAGUUUUUUUAACAUGUGAAUGUGUGUUUCAUAACGUGAAGUAUGGUGUGGAAUUUCAGAUAUCGUCAAUAAACAGUUCAAUGC